AUGACAAAUAAUCUGAAUGUUGCAAUAAAGCACAUAAUCAAUGAUGAUGGAAAUGUGAACACUUUUGUCAGAGAAAUUACAAGCUUAUCUCAUGUCAGACACCCUAAUAUUGUUGCUUUGUUGAGUUACUGUGUUGAGGGAGAUGAACGUUUUCUGGUUUAUGAACUAUGUCCCAAUGGGAGCCUUUCAGAAUGGCUAUUUGGCAAGAACAAGGUGCUAUCCUGGAUACAAAGGCUAGAAAUCGCAAUUGAUUGUGCUAGAGGUCUUUGGUUCUUACAUACUUACCAAGGAGGAUGCAUUGUUCACCGUGAUAUCAAGCCAACAAAUAUUCUUCUGGGGUCCAAAUUUGAGGCAAAGCUAUCAGACUUUGGACUGUCUAAAGUUAUUGAGGUGGGCGAAACGUAUGUAAGCUCUGAAGUGAGAGGAACAUUUGGAUAUGUUGACCCCGAGUACCAAAGUAACCACCAUGUGAAUUCAUCAGGUGACGUUUACAGCUUUGGAAUGGUACUUCUACAAAUCCUCUCGGGAAAGAAGGUUAUAAAUUUGAAACUGAAGAAACCAAUGCCACUGAACAAAGUGGCAAAAGCAUUCACCAGGGAUGGGAGGAUAACAGGAUUUGCUGACCCUAAACUUCAAGGAGAGUACUCUGAAGAAGCAUUUGAUUUUGCACUUAAGUUAGCACUAUCAUGUACAGCCCUCAACCAACAACGUCCAUCCAUGGAGCAGGUUGUCAAAAGACUAGAAGAGGCUCUGUUCAUUUCAAAAGGGAGGAAGGCUUCUACUCCAGAAACUCCAGCUGACAAUAUUUCUAAUCCAUAAAAGUAUUAAUUAUUUGAGAUCACUUUUAUAAUCAGAUUUAUGGACAUUGGUUUGAAAAUUUUUAAGAGAAUUUUUUGUUCGUUAUUUAUAACAGAAUUUUGUAUUUAGAUUCAUUGAUUACUUGAAUCCUAAAAAUACUUGUAUUAAUUUCCUGUGAUAGUUACUAAGGACCAUUACAUAAGACUGGUUGAUGAAAUCUUUGCCUUUUUUCUUAGUAUAAAAGAAUCAAAGCCUAUUUAA